AUGUUCGGCAGUGGUGCCUCCGGGCGAAGGUAUCCAAGCACUACUUCAAGAGCAAGCCCUUCGACUCAAUGUCAAAAAUGUCUAGAGUACGGACAUUGGACGUUCGAAUGUAAGAAUUCCCGAGUCUAUAGAGCGCGACCUACUAGAACCCAACAGCUGACAAAACCGCUGAAGCCAAUAAAUACCGAUCUUCCGGAAGAAUUUAAAACAAAAAGGGGAGUAGCCGAUAAAUUGUUGGAAGAGAAGGAAAAAAAGAGAAAGCGAGCUUACUCCAGGUCAUCUGAUGGAGCAUCCGCAUCCUCAACGAAUGACACUGACAGUGAUAGUGAUAGCGAUGAAAGCUCAAGUGGAUCAUCAAGCGACGAGUAUUCUUCAAGCGAGUCCGCUGACAGCAGCUCUGCGUCGGACAGCUCCUCAGAUGCAAGCUCUUCGGAUAGGGAUACCGAUCGAAGGCGAAAACGCAGAAGACGGUGA